GGAGGAUAUAAUUAUAAUGCUAUGCAUUAUGUUUAAUAAACUGGAUUAAUGAGUGGUGUCUAUUAUCCUUAUGUUGGCUAAUAAGAAGGAUGCAGAUACAAUAGUGGAGAAUUUAGAAUUAACAAUUAUUAGUUCGUAGGUAAUUAACAAUCAACUUUACAACAUUAUUUAUAAAAUUAUCCAGUCUCUGUUGGUGUUGAUGCAUCAAAUUGGUAAUUCUAUAAAAAUGGUACCUUUUUUGAUUGUGGAUAAACUGUGAAUCAUUAUGCUUUGGCAGUAGGAUUCGAUUUUGGAUACAAUUGGAUUGUUUAGAAUUCUUGGGGCUAUGGAUGGGGAGAAAAUGGAACUAUUAAGUUAUCUCCAAAUAAUACCUGUGGUAUACUCAGUUAAGCAUAUUAGAUUGUUUGA